AAGAUGGCGACUGCAUACGCACAAGCGAGAGUCAACUGUACCGGCGGCUAGAAAGUGCUGAAAAGAGACACAAAUCCACGCGCCUUGCAGACAUUUAGCGGUGCAACGUGCGUGUGAAGGUACCCAGACAUGGUGUAGUCCAUGCACGGCUAGGAGACGGCGGCCGCUGCUUUGCUAUGGAGCCUCCGGAUCGCAACAAGCCCAGCAGGCAGGCCAAGCCAGUGGAAGAUGCAUCCCAACAAAAUUCUGAGGUGGAUGAACCCUGGGAGUCCCCCAGUGAGGAAGAGGAACCUCUCUAUGGAACAUCGCCUCCCUAUACCUCCCGGCAGAUGAAGCGCAUGUCUGGCAAGCAUCAGAGGAACAGCCAAGCCAGGAGUGCAGGUCGUUCUCCAAACAAAGCAGACAUCAGCACGUCUAUCCUGAGAGAGAGUCCCAAGCCGGCCGAGCCUCCCGAGGAGCACAGCUACAAGCAGGGCAAGAAGCAGAGGGCCACGCUGCGAUCGACCGAGCGAGACCACAAGAAGACCAUCGAGGAGUCCUUCAUGCUGGAUCCACUCUCAAAGUCGAGCCACUUCGGUUCCCUCAACAUGGAUCCCAGGAAGCAUUACCUGAGCUUGGGCUGCAGCAGCUGCAAACUCCCGGUGUCGAUGCCUCACAUCGCUCGGACUCACCGCCAGUCGUCGAGGACGGACUGUCCCGCCGACCGGCUCAAGUUCUUCGAAACCCUGCGGCUGCUGCUCAAGCUCACGUCUAUGUCCUCCAAGAGGAAGGAGAAGGAGCAGCGGGGCCUGGAGAACAUGCCCUACAUGGGCCACAACAACGAGGUCAUCUGGCUGGAGCUGCAGGCGUGGCACGCACGGCGCUCCACCAGCGACCAGGACGUUUUCCUUUUCACCGCCCGCCAAGCUAUACCCGACAUCAUCCACGAGGUGCUGCACUUUAAAGUCAACUAUGACAGCCUGAGAGGGGCCCCGUGCUCGGGGGACCGUCAGCGCGUCCCCGAUCUGCUCCGCGGGGAGGAGGAGCGCGCCGUAGCAGAGACCAACCACUGUGGAGUCGACCCCUGGGGGUUCAGCGCCUGCCCCUCCCCGGCGCUGAACGCGGCCGAGCCCCUCGGCUCGGGCGCCGACUGCAGGGAGCACCUCCAGCGUCAGCGGCUGGCCUUCGAGCAGGUCAAGCGCGUCAUGGAGCUGCUGGAGUCGGUGGAGGCCCUGUACCCGUCGUUACAGGCGCUUCAGAAGGACUACGAGAAGUACGCCGCUCGGGACUUCCAGGGCAGAGUGCAGGCGCUCUGCCUGUGGCUGAACAUCACCCAGGACCUCAACCAGAAGCUGCGGGUCAUGGCCACCGUGCUGGGCCUCCACGACCUCUCCCGCAUCGGGUGGCCCGUCUUCGAAAUCCCCUCGCCCCGCUGCUCGCGCGGAAAUGAAGAAGAGGAGGCCGAGGAAGACGAGGAGAACGACUCAACGGCCACCUUCACGGCGGAAAGCGACGCCGAGGAAAGGGACGCCGAAGAGGAGGGGGCGAUGGAGUGUGUAGCAGGAGAGCUGUCUCCCACCCUGACUCCCAAGUUUGCCCGCUUGCUGUCGGAAGACGAGUUUCUCCCGACGGCCGCGUCAGUGAGCGCCGAGGUCUCGGCCGGAGGAGGCGUGUUCUGCCCCACAGCCAUCUACAGACCAUUUGUGGAUAAAGCUCUGAAACAGAUGGGACUGCGUAAACUGAUCCUCAGACUGCACAAACUAAUGGACCGCUCUCUUCAGAGGUCCCGAGCAGCGCUGCUCUGCCACACUCCUGCACUGGAGUUUGCAGACUUCCCAGACCCCAUGCUGUACAGCGACUACCUGCCAGAGCUGUCCCGCCACGUGUUCUGCCGCGAGCCGCCGGACUCCGAGCUGGGCGCGGAUCAGGUGUCCUGGAAGGACUUGCUGGACAUGGACCUCCCGUCCUUCAGGCCCGCGUUUCUCGUGCUGUGCCGAGUCCUCCUCAACGUCAUUCACGAAUGCCUUAAACUGCGACUUGAACAGAGGCCCGCCGGGGAGCCCUCGCUGCUCAGCAUCAAACAGUUGGUGCGCGAAUGCAAAGAAGUUCUGAAAGGAGGCCUCCUGAUGAAGCAGUAUUAUCACUUCAUGCUGCGGGACGUGGUGACCGACGCUCAGGGCUUGCAAACGAACGCCAACAUGGACGAGUUUGAGGAAGACCUUCACAAGAUGCUGGUGGUCUACUUUGACUACAUGCACAGUUGGAUCCAGAUGCUGCAGCAGCUGCCUCAGGCCUCCCACAGCCUGAAGAACCUCUUGGAGGAGGAGUGGAACUUCACUAAAGUCAUCACUCCGUACAUCCGAGGAGGGGAGGCGCAAUCAGGGAAGCUUUUCUGCGACAUUGCUGGGAUGCUGCUCAAAUCCACUGGAGAGUUUCUGGAUGUUGGUCUGCAGAAGAGCGACAACGAGUUCUGGGAAAGCGCAGACGACAGUACUGCGUCAGAUGAGAUCAGGCGCUCGGUUAUCGAGACCAGCCGCUCGCUGAAGGAGCUGUUCCACGAGGCCAGGGAGCGAGCGUCCAAGGCUCUGGGCUUCGCCAAAAUGCUUCGCAAGGAUUUGGAAGUAGCUGCAGAUUUCAGCAUCACUAACGGGGUGAGCUGCCUCCUGGAGGCACUGAAGAAGAGAAACUAUGUGAAGGUCCAGAUUCCAGGUUUGGAGGAGCUCCAGGUUUUCGUCCCCUGCGGUCUGAGGGAGCAGCGGCCUCUCAUCCUGCAGCUCCUCAACGCCGCUGCGGGCAAAGACUGCUCCAAAGAGCCCGACGAAAUCGCCGAAGACGAUGCCUACCUGCUCAUGAGCAAGCACGGAGCUGGAGACCCCGGCGCCGACGCCGACUGGGCCCGGUGGGACGGAGAGCUGCUCAAACUGGUGCUGCAGAUGGAGGCCGUCGACACGUUAAGGGCCAUGACAGUGGAAAACAUGCUCUUGAUCGUGAUGCAGUCGGCUCACCUGGUGGCGCAGCGGAAGGCCUUCCAGCAGUCCAUGGAGGACGUGCUCACUCUCAGCCGGGAGCAAACGUCGAGCCAGCCCCUCAUCGCCGGCGCUCUGGAGGAGCUCAAGGAUGAGGCUCUGCAGCUAUGCAUAAAGAUCAGCAGGGCCAUCGACCGAGUGGAGUACAUGUUCACUACAGAGUUCGAGGCGGAGGUGGAGGAGUCGGAGUCGGCCACUCUGCAUCAGUACUACAGGGAAGCAAUGAUACAGGGCUACAACUUUGCCUUCGAGUACCACAAAGAGGUGGUGCGCCUGAUGUCAGGGGAAUUUCGGCAGAGAAUCGGAGAGCGCUACAUCGCCUUUGCUCGCAAAUGGAUGACCUAUGUCCUGACCAAAUGCGAGAGUGGCAGAGGCACCAAGCCCAGGUGGGCGACUCAGGGUUUUGACUUUCUUCAGGCCAUUGAACCUGCCUUCAUAUCAGCAUUACCAGAGGAUGACUUUCUGAGCUUGCAAGCCUUGAUGAAUGAAUGUAUCGGGCAUGUUAUUGGGAAGCCCCACAGCCCCGUGACAGGCCUGUACAUCGCUCCCAGAAACAGUCCUCGCCCUGUAAAGGUGCCUCGUUGCCAUAGCGACCCUCCAAACCCCAACUUGUUCAUCCCGAAUGCUGACGGUUUCAGCUCUCGGAGCCUCCCCUGCGAUCUCCGGAACCAGCUGUUCCCCAACGGCCCUCGGCCCGCUCCUCAGGGCCCGGGGGAGCACAGCCACACCAAGGCACCCGGCAGCACCCCCAAUGACGCCAGAGGAUCCAGUUUCCAUGAGAAUGACCGUCUGUCGUCAGUCGCAGCGGAGUUCAAAUCUCUGAGCCGUCAUUCCAGCCCCACCGAGGACAGAGAGGAACCUUCCUACCCUAAAGGCGACCCCAACACUGCCGCACGGAGAAGCUGGGAGCUGCGCACGUUCAUCAGCCAGUCGAAAGACACGGCCGCACGGCAGAGUCCCAUGGAGGCCGUCCGCCGAUCCAUCCGCAAGUUCGAGGAGAAGCGCUACGCCAUGAUGAAGCAGCGCAACAUCAUCGGCCAGGUGUGCCACACGCCCAAGUCCUACGACAACGUGAUGCACGUCGGGCUCAGGAAGGUCACCUUCAAGUGGCAGAGAGGCAACAAGAUAGGCGAGGGCCAGUACGGGAAGGUUUACACCUGCAUUAAUGUUGACACUGGAGAGCUCAUGGCUAUGAAGGAGAUCCGGUUUCAGCCAAACGAUCACAAGACGAUCAAAGAAACGGCAGACGAGCUGAAAAUAUUUGAAGGCAUUAAACACCCGAACCUGGUGCGGUACUUCGGCGUGGAGCUCCAUCGGGAGGAAAUGUACAUUUUCAUGGAGUACUGUGACGAGGGCACUCUGGAGGAGGUGUCCCGGCUGGGGCUGCAGGAGCACGUCAUCAGACUCUACAGCAAACAGAUCACUACGGCCAUAAAUGUCCUCCAUGAGCACGGCAUCGUUCACCGCGACAUAAAGGGAGCGAACAUAUUUCUAACGUCAUCGGGCCUAAUUAAGCUCGGCGACUUCGGCUGCUCAGUCAAGUUACGGAACAACACUCACACCAUGCCGGGGGAGGUCAACAGCACGCUGGGAACAGCAGCUUACAUGGCCCCGGAAGUCAUCACGAGGGCUAAAGGAGAAGGUCACGGGCGAGCAGCAGACAUCUGGAGUCUGGGCUGUGUCCUGAUUGAAAUGGUGACUGGAAAGAGACCCUGGCAUGAGUAUGAGCACAACUUUCAGAUCAUGUACAAAGUGGGCAUGGGCCACAAGCCGCCCAUCCCCGAGAAGCUGAGCACCGAGGGGAAGGACUUCCUGGGUCACUGUCUGGAGAGUGAACCCAAACGGCGCUGGACGGCGAGCAUGCUGCUCGAUCACCCGUUUGUCAAGGUUUGCACUGAUGAAGAGUGAAUGGAACCUCCUCCCCCCGCGGCUUUAAAGUUUACAAAUUAAAGCACUACUGUACACGCUGUUGGCAAAAACAAACUGUGGACAAGGAGAAGAGGGCGCUGCGGCUGAAGGCACAUGGAGUUAAACUGAGGAACUAAACAGCAUCAUUUCAGAGUACAACUGGACAUAUAGAGUAUAGAGUUGUGUUUUUAUUUACCUGAGGGACAAGGGGAGGAAAUGUACAUACUGUAAGAAAAGGAUUGGCUUUAAUUCAUGUAUAAACAUUAUUGUAAAGUUAAACUAUUGCCACAACAUGUUUGUUAUCACUGGUGAAGAGACCUCUGGAAAAGCAUGGAGAAACCGCCUACUGUCAGUGUCCGUUUUUCAACAAGUGGGUGGCGGUGGGGGCAAAAAUCUAUAGCACUUUCAAACUGUUUACCCAAAGGGGCAGUCGAGUAUGAGACGCCCCGCGAGGCUGAAAACGUGUCGAGCUUCAGCGAACGGAAGGAGACGCUUGUUUACCUUCAAAAAUCAAUACCAUCCAUAGUUUUUUUUUUUUUUUUUUUUAAAGAAAUCGGACACAAGGAAGGAGCUCUUGCUUUUUGUAUUUCUCUUUACGUUUUGCCGAGGAGAAAGUGUCGAGCUGGAGCAGUUCUCAAGUCUACUGGUCAUUGGUGAGGAGCUGUUCUUGUGUCUGGAGCGAAGCCAACUGAAAAAAAAAAAGAGAACUCGGACCUGUGCUCCCUCCCUGCUGCUGAACACACAAC